ACAAGACAGACAUGGAGAAACAAAAACCAUUUCCGUUUGCUGGACAAACAGAAUUACAAGACAACGGCCACAACAUCUUAACCAACAUCAUGAUCAACAAAACCAACACCGGCAUAAUGGAUCUCAAAUAAACCCAUGGCCAUACACAUCAUUGGCGGCGUCCUGUGUCUUUGUUCGCUGACAAUGGCUGCCAUAUAUCCAGCAAAUGUAGCACUGCUCGAGGACAGUGACUUCUAUCCCUCCAUACCCAAUGAUAUAAUUCCCAUACAACCGCUGUUGGUGUAUCCAAAAUCACGAAAUGCCUUACCCUAUCAGGGACGUAAUCUACUGAAGGAUAACGAUAUAGUCUAUGUCAAACUAUUGGAUCGCAAAGGUUAUAGACCCAGAAAUUUGCAAUCUCGUGAAAAUGGUUUCCGGGAAUUGUCCAUGAAGGAUAUUUUCUAUGUCAAGGCGGCAACAAAUGGUCAAUUUAGUACAAAUCGCUUAAAGGUGUAUCGUUUGCCGGAAUUCUAUGCGAUAAAUGUGUAUAAAAAGGGAGAUCUAUUAGAGUCGUCUAGGGCGUAAAAUAGUGAUAUAAGAAUUUGUAAUAUAAUAGGCAUCACAAUCAUAGAAAACUCAUAACUAUUUAUGUAUGUUGCAAAUAAUUUAUUCAUAAGUUAAAAGUGUUGCAGGAUUUGUUGGUGUGUUAAUGUCU